AUGAUUUUAGCAACUAUCAUAGCAAACUGCAUUGUCCUUGCUCUGGAGCAACAUCUACCUGAUGGAGACAAGACACCAAUGUCAGAACGAUUGGAUGACACUGAACCAUACUUCAUUGGAAUAUUUUGUUUUGAGGCUGGAAUUAAAAUUAUUGCCUUAGGAUUUGCUUUCCACAAGGGAUCCUACCUAAGGAAUGGGUGGAAUGUGAUGGAUUUUGUGGUGGUUCUCACAGGAUUUGACUGGGCCAACAUUAUCCAUCUGUUGGUUACUUUCCAAGUAGACCAUGCUAAUAGAGUCUUUUCUAGAGUCAUCUCUGAAGAAAACUCAGAAAUUGCAGAGAUACAGAACAUGAUUGACUUGCGAACUUUGCGGGCAGUUCGUGUACUCCGGCCGCUAAAGUUAGUGUCAGGAAUCCCAAGUUUACAAGUUGUCCUUAAAUCCAUAAUGAAGGCCAUGAUACCUCUGCUACAAAUUGGCCUCCCUAUUUUUGCAAUCCUUAUUUUUGCAAUCAUAGGGUUAGAAUUUUAUUUGGGGAAAUUUCACACCGCCUGCAAGGAUAUUCAUACAGAUGAAAUCAUGCAAGAAGCUCCAUGUGGGAAGGAAUCACCGUCACGCCUCUGCCCUAAUGGGACUGAGUGUAAAGAAUACUGGCAAGGACCCAACUACGGGAUCACACAGUUUGAUAACAUCCUCUUCGCUGUGCUGACUGUCUUCCAGUGUAUCACCAUGGAAGGGUGGACUAAUCUCCUCUAUUAUAGCAAUGAUGCCUCAGGGAGUGCUUGGAACUGGCUAUACUUCAUCCCUCUCAUCAUCAUUGGAUCCUUUUUUAUGCUCAACCUUGUGCUAGGGGUGCUUUCUGGGGAGUUUGCCAAAGAAAGGGAGCGAGUAGAAAAUCGGCGUGCAUUUCUGAAGCUGAGAAGACAACAGCAAAUUGAACGGGAGCUCAAUGGCUAUAUGGAGUGGAUCUCCAAAGCAGAAGAAGUCAUCCUGGCUGAAGAUGACAUAGAAGGAGAGCCUCGUCAUCCCUUCGAUGCUCUUCGGAGGGCCACCAUCAAGAAAAGCAAAACAGACUUGCUGAACCCAGAGGAAGCUGAUGACCCACUGGCAGACAUCUCUUCAGUAGGUUCACCUUUUGCUCGAGCCAGCAUCAAAAGUGUCACGCUGGAAAAUGCUACUUUCUUUCACAAAAAAGAGCGGAGGUUGCGUUUCUAUAUCCGUCGUAUUGUCAAAACUCAGGCCUUUUACUGGACAGUCCUCAGUCUGGUAGCUCUCAACACUUUGUGUGUUGCUAUAGUACAUUACAACCAGCCAGAUUGGCUAUCUGACUUCCUCUACUAUGCAGAAUUCAUUUUCUUAGGGCUCUUUAUGUCCGAAAUGUUUAUAAAAAUGUAUGGGCUUGGAACGCGGCCUUACUUUCAUUCAUCUUUCAACUGCUUUGAUUGUGCUGUUAUCAUUGGGAGCAUCUUCGAGGUCAUUUGGGCUGCAAUAAAGCCUGGCACCUCCUUUGGGAUAAGCGUCUUACGAGCUCUCAGGUUACUGCGUAUUUUCAAAGUCACAAAGUACUGGGCUUCCCUACGAAACCUAGUUGUAUCUCUGCUGAACUCCAUGAAGUCCAUCAUCAGCCUUCUUUUCCUCCUUUUCCUCUUCAUAGUCGUUUUUGCCCUUUUGGGAAUGCAACUCUUUGGGGGCCAGUUCAAUUUUGAUGAUGGAACCCCACCAACCAAUUUUGACACUUUUCCAGCAGCAAUAAUGACAGUAUUUCAGAUUCUGACUGGUGAAGACUGGAAUGAAGUGAUGUAUCAUGGUAUCCAAUCUCAGGGCGGUGUUGAUAAAGGAAUGAUGUUUUCAAUCUAUUUCAUAGUCCUGACCUUGUUUGGUAACUACACUUUGCUCAAUGUGUUCUUGGCUAUUGCAGUGGAUAAUUUGGCCAAUGCACAAGAGCUCACCAAGGAUGAACAAGAAGAAGAAGAAGCAGCUAACCAGAAACUUGCCCUCCAGAAGGCGAAGGAGGUAUCAGAAGUGAGUCCUCUUUCUGCAGCCAACAUGUCAAUAGCAGUGAAAGAGCAGCAAAAGAAUCAAAAAGGCAACAAAUCUGUUUGGGAACAGCGGACAACUGAAAUGCGGAAGCAGAAUUUGCUGGCAAGUAGAGAGGCCCUAUACAAUGAGAUGGAUCCUGAGGAUCAUUGGAAAGUUGCAUAUGCCCGGCAAAUGCGUCCAGACAUGAAAACUCACUUAGACAGACCACUGGUGGUAGAUCCUCAAGAAAAUCGGAAUAACAACACCAAUAAGACACGUCCCAAUGAGCCACCCUUGAAUCCCCACUUUGGGCAACAACGGUCUGUGGAAUUCCUACGAAAACCACCCCGUUACCAUGCACAUUCACGAGAACCCCACCUGUAUGAGCGUCCCGACUCAGGAAGCUUGGAGCCUCGACACCCAAGGAGCAAUAGCAAGGAAAUUGACUUUAAUCAAGAAAGUAGAUGUCAUGAUAUUGAUUAUCCCAGCCAGGAGCGUAGUGUCAUUCCAGAGCAGGGUUAUCAUGGUGACUAUGCCUCAGAGCGCAUCAAAAAUAUAGAUCCCCAUCGCUGGCGCCAAGGUAGCAAAGAAAGUCAGAGUGGAUCACCUCGUACGGUAGAUGGUGAACGGGAGCACCGGCGGCAUAGAACACACCGCCGAACACCAGAUGAUGGAAAUGGUGAACAGAGUGGCAGAGUUGAACGUCGCCCUCGGCAUCGUGAGGGGAGCAGACCUGUACGAACUGACAUGGGUGGGGAACAUCCUGAUGGAGAAAGGCGCCGACGGCACCGGCAUGCUGGACAGUCCACUUAUGAAGUCGAUGGCAAGGAACGCCGACACCGACGCAGGAAAGAAAACCAAGGAUCUGGUCAUCCACCAGGACCAAACCUAUCUACCACAAGGCCAAUUCAGCAAGAUAUGGGACGUUUAGAACCUCCAGUAUCUGAGGAUAUUGACAACAUGAAGAAUAAUAAAUUGGCAACCAAUGAAACCUCAAACCAACAUCUCAUCAGUCAUUCUCAGAAUGAUCCUAUAAAAGGAGGAAACCACUCAAAUUCCACACCACACUGCACAUCCCAAAAUCAACCUAUUCCUUUGGACCAACCAUUUCUCAACUCUCAGAAUUCUACCAGUCGCCAAACCCCCAGUAACCCUGCCAAUCCAGCCAGUCCUGGAGCUCCUAAAAAUCCAGAGAACAGCCUUAUUGUCACUAAUCCCACAACCCAAAACAAUCCACCCAAAACUGCCAAGAAAUCAGAAUACACAGCAGUGGAGAUUCCACCUGCCUUCCCACCUCCAAUCAAUAAUGCUAUAAUGCAAGUCAACAAGAAUGCCAAUCCAGAGCCUCUGCCAAAGAAAGAGGAAGAGAAAAAAGAGGAAGAUGAUGAUGAGGGAGGUGAAGAUGGGCCCAAGCCUAUGCCACCAUACAGUUCUAUGUUCAUCCUCUCAACUACUAAUCCUUUUCGGCGCCUCUGUCAUUACAUUGUCAAUCUGCGCUACUUUGAGAUCUGCAUUCUGAUGGUGAUUGCCAUGAGCAGCAUUGCAUUGGCUGCUGAAGAUCCUGUACAGCCGAGUGCUCCUCGUAACAAUGUUCUUCGUUACUUUGAUUAUGUCUUCACAGGUGUCUUCACCUUUGAAAUGGUUGUUAAGAUGAUUGACUUAGGACUGAUACUUCAUCGGGGCGCUUAUUUUCGGGAUCUGUGGAACAUCCUGGAUUUCAUUGUGGUCAGUGGAGCAUUGGUGGCAUUUGCCUUCACAGGCAGUAAAGGAAAAGACAUCAACACCAUUAAAUCCUUACGUGUCCUUCGUGUCCUCAGACCCCUCAAAACUAUCAAGCGGUUGCCAAAGCUCAAGGCUGUCUUUGACUGUGUGGUGAACUCACUCAAAAAUGUCCUCAAUAUUCUCAUUGUAUACAUGCUCUUCAUGUUCAUCUUCGCCGUGGUUGCUGUCCAGCUCUUUAAGGGCAGGUUCUUCUACUGCACUGAUGAAUCCAAGGAGUUUGAAAAGGACUGCAGAGGAGAAUAUUUAGUCUACGAGAAGAACAAUGAAGUGAAGGCUGAGAGACGAGAGUGGAGGAAAUAUGAUUUCCAUUAUGACAAUGUACUAUGGGCACUGCUUACCCUUUUCACUGUGUCUACAGGAGAAGGUUGGCCAGAUGUUCUUAAGCACUCAGUGGAUGCUACAUAUGAGAAUCAGGGGCCCAGCCCAGGUUAUCGCAUGGAGAUGUCCAUCUUCUAUGUGGUUUAUUUUGUGGUCUUCCCAUUUUUUUUCGUCAACAUUUUUGUGGCCUUAAUCAUCAUCACUUUCCAAGAGCAAGGGGACAAGAUGAUGGAGGAAUACAGUCUGGAGAAGAAUGAGCGAGCCUGCAUUGAUUUUGCUAUCAGCGCCAAGCCACUAACCCGACACAUGCCUCAAAACAAGCAGAGCUUUCAGUACCGUAUGUGGCAGUUUGUGGUUUCCCCUCCUUUUGAAUACACCAUUAUGGCCAUGAUUGCCCUAAACACCAUUGUCUUAAUGAUGAAAUUCUACAAUGCAACAAAUCUUUACGAUAAUUUAUUAAGGAUGUUCAACAUUGUCUUCACUGCCCUGUUCUCCUUGGAAUGUAUUCUGAAAAUCAUUGCCUUUGGAGUGCUGAAUUAUUUCCGUGAUGCCUGGAAUAUCUUUGAUUUUGUCACAGUUCUGGGUAGCAUCACAGACAUCUUAGUGACAGAGUUUGGGAACAACUUCAUCAACCUGAGUUUUCUUAGGCUGUUUCGAGCUGCCCGCCUCAUUAAGUUGCUCCGACAAGGCUAUACCAUCCGCAUUCUGCUCUGGACCUUUGUCCAAUCUUUUAAGGCCCUUCCAUAUGUGUGUUUGCUGAUUGCAAUGCUGUUUUUUAUCUACGCCAUUAUAGGAAUGCAGGUUUUUGGCAAUAUUAGCAUUAAACAUGAUGAGGAUAUAUCUGAGGAUGACUUGCCUGCCAUCACUGAGCACAAUAAUUUUCGCACAUUCUUUCAAGCUUUGAUGCUUCUUUUUAGAAGUGCCACAGGUGAGGCUUGGCAUGAGAUCAUGCUCUCUUGUCUAAGUGGAAAACUCUGUGAUGAAAAAGCAGAUCUCAAAGGAUAUCAGUGUGGCAAUGAGUUUGCAUACUUCUAUUUUGUUUCCUUCAUUUUCCUGUGUUCUUUCCUGAUGUUGAACCUUUUCGUGGCUGUCAUCAUGGAUAAUUUUGAAUAUCUGACCCGUGACUCCUCCAUUUUGGGGCCCCACCAUCUGGAUGAGUAUGUUCGUGUGUGGGCUGAGUAUGACCCUGCUGCCUGUGGCCGAAUUCAUUAUAAGGAUAUGUACAGUUUAUUACGUGUAAUAUCUCCCCCCCUGGGCUUAGGCAAGAAAUGCCCUCAUAGGGUUGCUUGCAAGAGAUUACUACGAAUGGAUUUACCUGUGGCAGACGACAACACGGUCCAUUUCAAUUCUACUCUGAUGGCAUUGAUCAGGACUGCCCUUGACAUCAAGAUUGCCAAAGGCGGAGCUGACAAACAGCAGAUGGAUGCUGAAUUGAGAAAAGAGAUGAUGGCAAUCUGGCCCAACCUAUCCCAGAAAACUCUAGAUCUUCUGGUCACCCCUCAUAAAUCUACUGACUUGACAGUGGGAAAAAUCUAUGCAGCCAUGAUGAUCAUGGAGUAUUAUCGCCAGAGUAAGGCUAAGAAGCUGCAGGCCAUACGGGAGGAGCAGAAUCGGACACCACUUAUGUUCCAGCGCAUGGAACCACCUUCUCCAACCCAAGAAGGUGGUCAAGGACAAAAUGCCCUUCCUUCCUCUCAAUUGGAUCAAGGAGGUGGAAUGAGUAUACAGGAAGGAGGAAUGAAGGAAAGUGAGUCAUGGGUCACGCAAAGAGCACAGGAGAUGUUUCAGAAGACAGGAACCUGGAGCCCAGAGCGGGGGCGCUUAGAGGAAAUACCCAAUAGCCGGACCAAUUCCCAGUCUGUAGAGAUGCGGGAGAUGGCAAAAGAUGGCUACUCAGAUAGUGAUCAGUAUUUACCCAUGGAGGGUCACGGAAGAGCUGCCUCCAUGCCACGAUUGCCUGCUGAAAACCAGACCAUUCCCGAUACAAGUCCCAUGAAACGCUCUGCCUCCAUGUUGGGCCACUCACGCUCCAAAGGUACACGCUUGGAUGAUUACUCUCUAGAAAGAGUAAUUCCAGAGGACGGCCAGAGACAUCACCGCCGACGGGAGCGGACCCACCGUACAUCAGAACGUUCACUGAGUCGAUACACUGAUGUGGACACAGGUCUGGGUACAGACCUCAGUCUGACCACACAGUCAGCUGACUUACCUCCCAAAGAAAGGGAUCAAGAGCGAGGCAGGCCUAAGGAUCGGAAGCACCACCACCAUCACCACCACCAUCACCACCAUCACACAUCUUCUGACAAAGAGCGAUAUUCACAAGAGAGGCAUGAAUAUAGCCGGCCUCGAUCCAGAGAUCGACGAUGGUCCCGUUCACCCAGUGAAGGCCGAGAACAUGUGCCUCAUAGGCAGGGCAGUAGUUCCGUAAGUGGGAGUCCAGUCCUCUCAACGUCUGGCACCAGCACUCCGAGGCGAGGACGCCGCCAGCUCCCACAGACCCCUUCUACACCCCGGCCACAUAUCUCCUACUCCCCCGUGGUCCGUAAGGCCAUCAACACAGGGGGCCAGCAGCAACCACCGUCGGUGCACCCCAGCCGAAUAGCCAGCCCAGCCCCUCGGCGCUAUCCCUCGCUGCCUGCCGAGCACCACGUCUCCGAGCGGCGCAGCAGGUCUCCGGCUAUAGAGCGACACACUGUCCCGCCGCGAAAUGAUUCGCCUCGCGGCUACCGCCAUGCCAGCAGCCGGUGGUCGGCGCCACAAGUUUCUGAGCCCCCGCCGGGGCCUCGCCACGGCAGCGGUUACCACCGGAGUCGGGACUACGGCAGCCCCUCCGGCGAGGAAGUCUUUCCUUACGAGGCCAUGCAGCAGCAGCCGCCGCAGGGGAGCAGCUCAGGACGUUCGCCCAGAACUUCCCGGGUGGGCGGCGGUGGCGGCGGCUCGUCCUCUCUCUCCCCUUAUAGACACGGGCGACGGCUCCCCAAUGGAUACUAUCAUUCACACGGACCAGCCAAGUCGCGCGGGACAGGGUCACGCAAAGGACUGCACGAACCUUACAGCGAAACUGACGAGGACGACUGCUGCUAACCUACAAGUGGCUUCACCUUACACGUGCGCGCACGCGCCACACACGCACUCCACACACAUACCCCGAAGGGAGAUUUCCCCAGGUUGAGGGGGAAGGCGAGAGGAAGACGGAAAAGCAAAACGAACUGCCAAGCCGAUUGCGGAAGGUAUCCCGGAGGAGAA